UUGCGUUUGCGAUACGAUUCCGGUUACGUUUCUAUUCUGCUCAGGUCUUUAUAGCCUAUAGUCCAUGUGCAAAUAACAAUAACCAAAUGAUGGCGGUUAAAAAUUUUCUACUUCUCUUGACUUAUAUACUUUUAGUAAAAGGAAGUAAUGUUGUUUUAAUAGUUGUUGACGAUUUGGACAUAGAAUUAGAUGGAAUGUUUCCUUUAACGCAAACUAAAAAAUUAGUUAUAGAUGAAGGAGCUUCUUAUAGUAACAGCUAUGCUGCAGUCCCAAUUUGUUGCCCAAAUCGGGCAUCAAUUUUAACUGGUCGAUACCAACAUAAUCACGGAGUUGUCAAUAACAGUAUAAGUGGAGGUUGUAACAGUCACGAAUGGCAAGAUGGACCUGAAAAAGAUACUUUCGCAGUUCAUUUAAAUAAGAAAAAAGGAUAUAGAACUUUCUAUGCUGGAAAAUAUUUAAAUCAAUAUGGUUCAGAGACUUCGGGUGGUUUAAGAAAGCCUCCUGGUUGGGAUCAUUGGUAUGCACUCAUUGGGAAUUCAAAAUAUUAUAAUUAUUCUCUAUCAAUAAAUGGUACUAAAAGAAAAUAUGGUAAUCAACCUGAAGAUUAUCUCACAGACGUUAUUAAACAAUAUGCUAUUGAUUUUAUUAACAUCCAGUCAAACAAUACUCCUUUUCUUAUGGUCUUAGCACCACCAGCUGCUCAUUCGCCGUUUAACCCUGCACCUCGACAUAAUGAUAAAUAUAAAUAUAUUCAGGCCAAACGAACUUUGAGUUUUAACAAUCUUGAAGACAAAAGUAAACAUUGGCUGGUAAAAAUGGGGCCUAUCCCAAUUCCUCAAGACGUAUUGCCUAAAUUAGAUAAAGUUUAUAGGAAACGCUGGGAAACACUUUUAGCUGUGGAUGAAAUGAUUUCAAGUGUUUACCAAACACUGCAAAGAAAAAGUUUGCUCGACAACACAUACAUUAUUUUUACUUCCGAUAAUGGCUAUCAUGUUGGCCAAUUUGCUAUGCCGUUGGAUAAAAGACAACCUUACGAAACAGAUGUACAUAUACCACUAUACAUACGGGGACCAAAAGUUGAUAAGCAGUCGAUUGUAUUAUCUCCUGUUAGCAGUGUUGACAUUUUUGCUACGAUCUUAGGUAUUGCUGGACUCGAAUAUUUUUCAGAUGGUAUUUCUAUUUUGAAGCAUAAUUUAUCAAUUGACCGAACUUUAUUGAUUGAGUAUAAAGGAGAGAACUCAGGAAGGCAUCACAACCUCAAAUGCCCUAAUGAUAAUGAUCCACAUUUGGCAGAGUGCGAUGAAGAGUUUGCCUGCAAAUGUCAAGAUAGUACAAACAAUACUUUCAACUGUAUUCGUAGAAUUUCAAAAAAUUAUAAUAAUAUAUUUUGCAUCUUUGAAGAUAAUGAGUCUUACAUUGAAUAUUACAAUAUCACUCAAGAUCCUGAACAAUUAAAAAAUCUUGGCUAUACAAUGAAACGUGAUAAACGUCAUAAAUUCAGAAAAAGGUUGAAAAAGUUAGUGCAGUGUAAAGACGAAACCUGUAUUUUUAUUGGAUCUGAUAGAUUUUAAUUCUUUAUAAAGAAUUUCUUUAAUUUUAAUUCUCACUUUUUUAUUGUAUACAAACAAAAUAACGUUGUACUUAUCUUUUAAAAAUUAUAAUAAAGACAAUAAUAUUUAUUAAUAAAAAAAA